AUGUUUCUGGCAAUAAAGCAAUGCGACGAUCGAUGCCAAAACUGGAUGGGAAAAAGCCCCAGCAUAUGGGACACUUUUUCGCAGAGCAACCAGGGGCACAUAGUUGACAAUUCAACAGGGAAUGUUGCAUGUGACAGUUACCACAAAAUGGAGGAAGAUAUUGCCUUGCUUAAAAACAUGAAAGUGAACCAUUACCGGUUUUCAAUUGCAUGGACAAGAAUUCUUCCUGGGGGCACAGGAGUUGUUAACCCUUUGGGUGUCAAGUACUACAACAGAAUGAUUGAUGCAUUACUGACAGCUGGGAUAAAGCCUAUGGUGACAUUGUACCAUUGGGACUUGCCACAAGUGCUAGAAGACAAAGGAGGAUGGUUGUCACCUCAGAGUGUGAACUGGUUUGAGGAGUAUGCCGCUGCUUGUUUCAAUGCUUUUGGAGACAGGGUAAAAUUGUGGAUAACAUUCAAUGAACCCUGGGUCAUUUGCGUACUUGGGUACGGUACUGGAGAACAUGCCCCAGGGAAGAACCUGAUUGGAACUGGUCCUUACCAGUGCGCCCACAACGUAAUCAGGGCUCAUGCCAAGGCUUUCAGGCGCUACAACAAAGACUUUCGAUCUUCUCAAAAGGGAGAGGUUGGCAUAACAUUGAACUCAAAUGCUGCUCUCCCAGCUACAAAUUCAUCUGCAAAUUUCGAAGCUGCUGACAGAGAAAUGCAAUUUUCUGUUGGCUGGUUUGCUCAUCCUAUUCUACUUGAUGGAGAUUAUCCGAAUGUCAUGAAACAGCUGAAGACACUGAAGAACUGCUCCUGGGUUGGAUGCUUGGAUGGAUUCUGUGGACUUCUUGGUUCAGGGUUCAAUACUAUAAAAGCAAAGAGCAUUGCUGAAGGGCUUCAAGUUUCCCGUUUGCCGGAUUUCACGAGCGAAGAGAAAACAUUAAUCCGCGGAUUCAAUCACUACACUUCACUCUUCGUGAAAGACGAGGUUCAUCCGCCGAUUGCCAAUUAUUUCAAUGAUCACGACACUUCGACCUUUUCUGAUCCAACUUGGUACACGUCUGGUUCUUCCUGGCUGAGACCAGUGCCCUUUGGCUUCCGGGUAUUGAUGAACUGGAUCAAGGAUGAGUACAAUAAUACUCCGGUUUACAUCACAGAGAAUGGAUUUUCUGACAACGCCGGGUAUUCAGAUGAUUUGCCAAGGAUUUAUUAUUACAAGCACUACAUAAACUUUCUACUAAAAGCGAUUUAUAAAGACGGAUGUAAUGUCAAGGGCUACACAGCUUGGUCACUUAUGGACAACUUCGAAUGGGCUCGUGGUUACACGGAAAAAUUUGGCAUCCACUACGUGGACUUCAAUGACCCGAAACGUCCGAGAACCUUGAAAGCAUCUGGUCAUUAUCUCAAGGCUCUUUUCUUGAGGAACGGAUUUCCGAGUGUUCGGUGUCCUUUGGAUGAAUGAUCGGAAUUGACGGCAUGAUUUCAUUUCUAAUGGGAACAGAAUUUUUGACAAUAUACCCAUAUGCGCUCCUUGACCACUUGAAAUUUCCACUGAUUUCUCAAUUCUGCUGAACGUGAAUAUGCUAUAUUUUAAUAAAACUUCGGAUCAUCUUUAUA